AUGGAUGGGAAUACAUAUGGAAAAUUCUACUUUUUCCGAUUGGCAAAUGCGGGCGUGAUGUCCGGAGUGCGGGUUGGAAGUCCCCAGCGGGCCGACUCGAUCUCAUCGCGAGCAGGAGGAGAAGCAGGUAGUGCUGGUGGAGAAUUGUGUGUCGUCUGUGGUGACAAGGCCAGUGGACGGCACUACGGCGCCGUAUCCUGUGAAGGUUGUAAAGGGUUCUUCAAGAGAUCCAUCAGAAAGCAGAUCGGCUACAUGUGUCGUGGAGCUAAAGACUGUCCGGUGACGAAGUUUCAUCGGAAUCGAUGUCAGUAUUGCCGACUGAAGAAGUGCCUCUCAAUGGGAAUGCGCACUGUUCAAGCCGAGCGACGUCCUGUGCAGCAGAUCUGUGCCGACAGUCCGCCCACCAUGGUACAGAGUCACAAUGCCUCGGCUAACGCUACGGAUGAAAAGGGGAUGGUAUUGGAGGAGGUACCAGUGCCAGAAGUUUACUAA